AUGACCGUCAAGAACAGAAUUUGUCAAAUAUCUCUUGCACUGAGUUCAAACAAUCCAGAAAACGACAAUAUUGUAUUUCCAGCACAAGCGGAUAAAGCCACCCGACAACAAGAGCGAGAAGUGAACAUCAAGAGUCUCGAAGCGCCUUGUCCUCGACUAGGCUGGCCACAUGAUGCUCAUCUCCAGAGCUGUCCGCAUCCGAUGCGAAUGAAUGUGCAACAUACGGACGAGUUGAGGGAACUUCAUGAAGCACUGGUGCUUGCCAUUGAUAAUAUUAUUGAAAGAUGGUGGAAAGAUGAAGAGGCAGGGUUUUCGAAGAGAAUGCCUUUGGAGGCGCAUGAGGAACUCCUUUUACGGUGGAUUGACGGUGGUGAUACGGCCUCUCGUCCAUUUGAUCAACAUCAAGGCUCUUGGAGACCGGAUUUUCUGAUUGAAGAAGUACCCACGACUGAUGGACCUGAAUCAUCGAAAGAGCAGUUUCGUAUUUGCGAAAUCAAUGCACGAUUUGCUUUCAAUGGAUUCUUGAUUACCGCGUACGGCCAGCAAGGUCUACUAUAUCUGGGAGCUGAACGGAAAGGAUUCAAGGGGGCAGCAGAGCGCGACGAAAUUAUAGAUGGUUUGUUCACAUUGUUUGACCCCGACCUUCCUUUACAUCUUCUCAAAGGUAGAGAGGGAGGCCACGAUAUCCUCAUGUUCCUCGAAUGUGCGGAGCGGCGAAUAGGAGUUGUACCUAAACUCAUUUCACCUCAGGAUCUUCGGCUGGUGUCGACUCCAGACUCCAAAACAGGAUACAAGCUCUGCUGCGUGAUUGAUAUCGACCAAGCAUUAUCAGCAAACACGAUGCAUCCCAAAUCAUCAACCUUGACUGAUCACGCAACAGGAGAAGUCCUGGAAGAAAUCUACCAAGUAGGACUCGAACUUCAUCAGCAGGAGCUUCAAGCGCUCUCGCCCGAAAUGCUUCAACAUCUGUCCUCACGCUGCUUCAACGAUCUCAGAUCCGUUUUCCUAGUGCAUGACAAGAGAUUACUCGGAAUCGUUCACCAAGAACUGGAUUCGUUGGUUCACAGGCAUCAAGUCCUUACUGAGCGUCAAGUCGAGGUUCUGCGCCGUGGUAUUGUACAUACAAUUCUUCCUGGGUCACCGGAACUCAAGGCUUUUGUACGUCAGUGUCAGGAGUCACCGUCAUUUAAAGACAAUUAUAUCCUCAAGCCUGUACGAGGCGGUAAGGGUGAAGGGAUCAUCUUUGGAGAUGAGGUAUCAACUGGUGAAUGGAAUGAAAAGCUCAAAGCACUUGAAAGUGCAGUGCUGGUACCGAAUGGAACGACCUAUGUGGUACAACGUCAGGUGCAGCAACCGCUAUAUGAGGUCUUGUUGAAGGAAGAGGAAGGCGUACAACGCAACCGUCUAGUGGGGACGUACAUGUCUAUUCAUGGAAAAUAUAUAGGGGUUGGAUGUUGGCGAAGUGGACCGGGUAGAGUAUGUGCUAUCAGCCACGAGGGUGCGUGGAUGGUUUCUGUUGUAUGA